UGUUUGUAAUCAAAGCGAUUACAAGAGUAUAUUUUCUGGAACAAACUGGAACAAUUUGACAGAAAUGUUUAAACGAAAGAAAGUGUAUUCUCAAAAACGAAGAGUGUGUUUAUCGAUCUAAUGAGCGGUGAGGACAUAGAAACCAACAGGUUGAAGAAUAUGGCACAACCAACAUCACACCAUGUGGUUCAGAAAGAGAAGGAUUCCAAUAAGGAAGUGAAAUCUAUGGCCAUUUUGAAAAAUGCAACCGUCCAUUUUUCUCCAAAUUUCUCCCUGCUACAGAGAAACACUAACCUGAAUGUACCACCAUCAAACUGGUUAAGGCAAACCUCUGUUGUGGAGCAGAACAUUCAUGACUUUACUCAGCAUCAGAAUAGCAAAUCCUACCUCAGCAGUAUAGAGAUGGCUGGCAACUCUCUAGAUCUGACAGGGGAUGUGGAUGUGAUUACAAAUGCACAGAAUAUAAAGAAAUUGCUGAAGAUACCCUUCAGUCGGUCCCACAUAAGUAUGAUGGUGCAUAGAAUCGGGAAAUCUCUGCUGCUGGACGAGUUUGACAUACACAAGCAUCUGCUACGUCAACAACAGGAUGACUGGAAAUGGCUGAGGGAGUUCUAUUAUGAUUGUGUUGCUAGAGAUAUGCAGAUGAAAUGUGUGCCAAGAAAGGACAAAAGUCGUCACAAACAACAGACAAGGAACAUGUACUCCAAGUUCCUUUAUCACAGUAUUGCUGAUGCCAAUCCAUGUGAGAACAUUGAGAAAGAAUUUCCUGUCACUCGUGUCUUGGAGAAAAUGGAGGAAAAGGAACUUAAUCUGUUACAUGACAAUCCAUCUGAAACUCCCAGUGGUGACUUCCACAAAGAGAUCCUGUGGAUGUUUGAGGAUAUUCGUAUGCUCAUCGGAACAGACCUUCCCAUAUUUUGUGGGAACAACUACCCCUGCAUAAGUCUGAAGCUCAGGGACAUGAGGACCCCUAUCAAUGUGCUGACUGGUCUGGACUACUGGCUAGACAACCUGAUGUGUAACGUUCCUGAGGUAGCAAUGUGUUUCCAUCUCAAUGGAAUCGUUCAGAGGUAUGAACUUAUCAAAACAGAGGACAUUCCAAACAUGGAGGGUUCACGAUUUGAUCCCCAGGAAGUGACAGAAAUUGCACGAAACAUCCUGUCGUUUCUGAAGGCCAAUGCUACCAAGGAAGGCCACACCUACUGGCUUUAUAAAGGUAAUGAUGAUGACGUGGUAAAGCUAUAUGACCUGACAGCCUUAUGCGGUGACAAUAUGGAGGGAUCUAAUCCCUUUACGAUACCUCUUGGUAUGUUAUUGUACCGAGUGGCACGUAACCUACGUCAGCAGCAUCAGAGGAAAAAGGCUCCAACUGUCAGAACUCUUCUAGAAAACUGUCUGUUACUGCUUAUGGAUGAUCAGCAUUCACAGGUGUGUACCUCAGCCUACUAUUUGUUAUCGGACCUGUAUGUCCCCGACAGUACAAUGAAGGACGAUGAGUGGGAGAAUUCAGAUGUGGGAGAGUCAGACGAGGAAAUGUACGAUAACGAUUCAUGUCAGGAAGAGGAAGAUUCGAGAGAGUCUACAAAAUCCUUGGAUAUAAAGAAUUUAUCAGAUAAAAAACAGGAAAGCAGAGACAGAGAUAAUCCAGACAUCACUCAAGUGCGUCCCAUAGUUGGAGGGGUGAUGGAAAAGUGUGCAGAAGCUCUCAAUAACAUACACAAGGGCCUACAGUGUCUAGAUCGAGAUUUCACUGAGCAGAUCCGCAAGAGUAAGAAUAGAGUGGAGGAGCAAGUAUGGUGUGACAGUAAUCAGGCAAUACCUCUCCACUACGUUCCCCUCCAGAAGUCUGCCCCACCCCACAACGAGUCAGAACCCCCUCUACAUGACCUCGACCACCUACAGCUGGCUGAGACUGGGUCGUCCUGCUCCUGGCAUCGUCUGUCCAAGGUUCUGUUGCUAAGGAAGGCCGCCAUGGCAUUCUACUCCUUGGCAAAAAAGUCCCUGACUUCACACAAAGCUGGCUGUGCCAUGCGCUACAUCAAGUCAGCUCUACGCUGUUUUGCUGGAGUGGGGGUCCUCCUGCCACAGAAGUUUGAAGAGAACAAAGAGCUGUUGAUGUACAUGUUGGGGUUGGUCGGUGACAUCGUUCUAAUGUUCAUCCAUGACGGUCAGAUGUAUGACGAUAUCAGUGUCAACCUCAUUGACUACACAGAGGAGGAAAUCGGCAUUCUCGAUAGUGUGGAGCGCGAACUCGACGCCUUUGAAUACAGCUGGGCAUGUGACCUCCGGGGCGAGAAGGAGAAGCUUCUCCAGCAAUGCUGUGCCUGUUACCAGAAUGCCCUUGACCUUGCUAACAGUCACAUGUCACCAGACUGUCAGGCAUUUGUUGUGACAUUAUGCAAGCGAUACGGCAAUGUAAAGAACGAAAUGGGAGUGUUCUUCAUGGGUCAGGCUCAAGUCUUCCUGCAGAGAUCAGACUUAACAUCUCUUAGCCCCCAUAUGGAGUGCCUGUGUGAGAGAAGUCAGGAAAGCCUUGAUGGGGGUAUCAGCAGCUUCGAGAGUGUGAACGACGCAGCCAAUCAGGCAUUGCUUCACUCCAACAAGGGACGACUGAUGAGGCUGCGUGCCCAGGCUCACACCCAGAUUACCCUACAGGGAGACAACCCAGAGUUUAGUCAGCAGGAGAGGACAUUCUAUUGCAAGGCGAUAGACUGUUACCGUGUAGCCCUGACACUGUUGAAGUCUCACACACGCUACCCUGAUAUUUGGGAAUCUGUCUGCUGGGAGUUGUCCACCACUUACUACAACAUGGCCGUCCUCCUACAGGACUGUACUCCUUUAUCUACUGAACCACGACUAAAGGUAGAGAAAGAGGUUACCGAUCUGAUGACCAAGUCACUGAAGUAUUGUGACAUGGGCAACACCUCAGUAAGGCAGCCUAUGUACCAGUACCGCGCGGGAUCUGUGAACCAUCGACUAGCAUCCCUCUACCACAAGUCAAUACUCACAGAGGUGAGUGACCAGAAGAGGAAGUACCUGCGACACUUGGCCGACACCCAAUACUCCAAAGCUGCUCACUUCUUCUCUGCUGUUGACUGUCACGUGGAGCUCCUACGCACCAGGCUGGAACACUUUGCUCUGUUAGAAUUCAUUUUGGCAGGUCUGAACAAUAUGAAGCUGCGUCUCAAGACGCUGACCAGCGGUGUUGCACUCCUGAUUGAGUGUGAGAGUGUUCUAACCGCUAUGCUGGCUGCUGUUCAGGAGGGGGAGACUGAUGACAAGAACAGAAAGGAGUCACUCAGUCUGUUGGGGAUACUUGAUACCCGGCUCCAGUUCUCCCUUCUACAGCUCGUCAAGUGUUACACGACCCUUAAACGCAGAAAAUCAGAUCAGGAGCAGUUGAAAUCAUUAUAUGCCAAGAGUCUGAAGAAGGCGUCCAGUAAAGGCCAGGAGAGUACCGGAGAGUGCAAUGAAAUGACUGCGAUAGGAACUCAUCUUGUUUGUCUGUUGACAGAGUUUAGGAAAUUUUAUAAGGACACACUCCUUCAUGACCCUGGGUAAACAAUCCAGUGGAGGUUCAGGGGGUUACAUUAAGAAGACCAGUUUUCAAAAUAAACUUUUUUUUAACAGGUAGGGAUAUAGUAAGACCUGUUCACCAAAUCUCUUUGCGGGACAUGAUUUGUUUAAAGCAGUAAAUACUGUACAUGACGGUGGAAGUAUUAAUAGUAUUAUAUAAUGCGUCAACAUUAAGGUUUUGCGUUUAACUUAGUUUCACUGAAAGUACAUGUAUAAGUGCUAGACGAACUAAACUUGCACCAUAGAUGCAUCUUACGUAGUUCAUCUCAACCCAUGCAUCAAAUGCUGGAUGCGGCCUACCUUUCAUGGUCCU